AUGUCCAAUCACUCAAACCAUUCAUCCCCAGCCACAGACGACCAUAAAAGUACGGUCCAAUAUACACAUGGUCUAGCUGGCGUUGACUUGUCGCUAGACAUCACCCUUACCAACGCGCUAUGGGGGUCCAUCAUAGCAACAUGCCUGGUGAUCCUCAUCGGUCGGAUAUGGCAGCUUGCAAACGCUCAUUUGCGACUGUUGUUCAGUGUGAAUGCUGGGCCGUCAAGAUACGCAUACUGGGAGACAGAUCGAACAACAAUCUGGCCAUGGCUGAAAAAGAACAUCCUGUACGCGCCGCUCCAUAAAAAGAGGCACAACAGGGAGAUCAUGCUGUCGAAGGCAGUCAAUGUCGGGACUCUUCCGUCAAGACUUCAUACUAUCAUCUUGUUUGCGUACUUCCUGAGCAACGUAAUCUAUUGCGUAUGUCUCGACUAUCGUGGCAAGCCUCAAGCUGCCGUAAUGGCGGAACUGCGAGGCCGCUCUGGACAUCUGUCGAUGGUGAACAUGGUGCCUCUCGUGGUCCUCGCCGGUCGUAACAAUCCUCUGAUUUGGCUUCUCCGUGUCAGCUUCGACACCUACAACCUCUUUCAUCGCUGGAUAGGUCGACUAGUAGCGUUGGAAGCCGUCGUCCAUACAAUUGCUUGGGCCGUCAAUGCUCACGCUGCAAAAGGCGCCGGAGCUACCGGUGAAGCUCUCCGCAAAAGCGAUUUUCUCAGGUACGGUCUAGUCGGCACCGUCGCCAUGUGCAUCAUCAUGGUCCAAUCACUCUCUCCUAUCCGUCACGCAUUCUACGAAACAUUUCUUCAUUGUCAUCAAGUCCUCGCCCUGGCAGCCAUAGUCGGGGUCUGGAUCCAUUGUGACAUAGGCAAGCUUCCUGGCUCUUCAUACAUUCACUGGGUCCUUGCCUUGUGGAUCCUUGACCGGGCUGCCCGCUUUACACGUAUCUCCUACCGGAGUAUUAGCAGGCAAGGCUUCAGCAAAGUAACCAUCGAAGCAAUUCCAGGAGAUGGAGUAACUCAGGCCUCCCGAGUGUCCGUUCAGCUCAAAGGUCCUUGGAAGUAUACUCCCGGAACGCACGCUUAUCUGUAUCUACCGAAGAUCUCGUUCUGGAUGAACCAUCCUUUCAGCGUAGCGUGGGCUGAUAGUCGACCUGCACCUUACUCCUCUCUUGAGAAAGACACCCUCCCCUCUUCCGCAUCCGAGCUAGGGCUACCUCAGGUUGACCGUACUUCCGACACUGUUCAUUUCGUGAUUGCAAAGCGGACAGGUAUGACAAGCAAGAUCUAUGACUUGGCUGCGACUUCGCCAUCGGGUAUCAUCACCAGCUGGGGUCUCCUUGAGGGACCUUACGGAGGCAACGAUAAUUUGACCUCCUACGGCACUGCAAUCCUUUUUGCUGGAGGGAUUGGCAUCACGCAUCAGAUUGGACAGGUCCGACACUUGCUGAACGGCCACAACUCGUUCACCACUGCGACCGAGAAGAUCAUACUGGUGUGGAGCGUCAAGACCACCGAGUCGCUAGAAUGGGUCCGGCCUUGGAUGGAUGAAAUACUUUCCAUGCCAAAUCGCAAGCAAGUGCUCAAAGUGAUGCUCUUCGUGACACAGCCUAGGAGCAAAAAGGAAGUGGCAAGCAGAAGCGAACGAGUCCAAAUGUUUCCAGGCAGGUGCAAUGCACUUACGGUGCUGGAAAAAGAGAUGGAUGAACGCGUUGGGGCAGCUGUAGUCACGACAUGUGGGCCUGGUGCUUUUUCAGACGAGGUGAGGGCAGCUGUCAACGGCGUUGUUGAUCAAGGAGGGACUGUAGAUUUCGUUGAGGAAGCAUUUUCAUGGUGA